AUGUAUUAGAUCCCAAAAAAGGGCAAAACAAGUGCAUUGAAGAGAAUCACCAUAACCUGCAUUGAAUGGCUAGAAAGAAAUGCAACUUAGAGUCAAUAUAUAGUCAUCAUAUCCAGGAACCAAUCAGAAAGUAGUCUUAGAUUCACAUAUCCACAUAGGAUAGAAUGGUGGACCCCACUGGAUUGUAUAUAAGGAGUCAUCUGAGUGGCAAAAUAAUCAGAAAACUAAAAAAAUACCAUACUAUUAAGUAGUAACAAAAAUCCAAAACAAUGGCAACCAUGGCACUCUCAUCCACAUUUACAGGGCAGGCAGUCCCCUUGAACUCGAAAGUCGAGCAAUCAACCGUUGUGCGAAGCAAUGGAAAAAUCACAAUGAGGAAGACAGCUGCAAAGCCAGCUGUUUCAUCCGGAAGCCCAUGGUAUGGUCCAGACCGUGUCAAAUACCUAGGUCCAUUCUCUGGUGAGCCACCAUCCUAUCUCACCGGUGAGUUCCCUGGUGACUAUGGAUGGGAUACAGCCGGGUUGUCAGCUGACCCAGAAACCUUCGCAAAAAACCGAGAGCUUGAGGUUAUUCACUGCAGAUGGGCAAUGCUUGGAGCUUUAGGUUGCAUCUUCCCGGAGCUUCUUGCUAGGAAUGGGGUUAAGUUCGGAGAAGCAGUUUGGUUCAAGGCUGGUUCCCAAAUCUUCAGCGAGGGUGGUCUCGACUACUUGGGGAACCCGAGCUUGAUCCACGCUCAAAGUAUCUUGGCUAUCUGGGCUUGCCAGGUGAUCCUCAUGGGUGCUGUCGAAGGUUACAGGAUUGCGGGUGGGCCUCUAGGCGAGGUUGUUGAUCCUCUGUAUCCAGGAGGCAGUUUCGAUCCGCUUGGCUUAGCUGAUGAUCCAGAUGCAUUUGCCGAGUUGAAGGUAAAAGAAAUCAAGAAUGGUCGCCUCGCUAUGUUCUCCAUGUUUGGAUUCUUUGUUCAAGCGAUUGUAACCGGAAAAGGUCCUCUCGAGAACCUUGCCGACCAUCUUGCUGACCCUGUGAACAACAAUGCAUGGGCUUAUGCCACAAACUUUGUCCCAGGAAAAUGAGAUUGAUCUAGAAAACUGAAAUUCGUUUCCUUGUAAAUUAUAGUCACAAUUUUUGUUCUUCCU